CUCAUCGAGCCUAAAACAUACCGACGACUCGGGUCACACCGCGAGAGAGAAGGAGAGACAGAGGACGACGACGACGAGGAGGCGCUAAACCCACCGGGGCGGCGCCGAGAGACCUCACGGGCGGGCGCGCGCGAUGGCGAGCAGGACGGCGGGGCGGGGCGGGAGGCCGCUGCUGGGCGGCGGCGCCGGGGCCGGGAGGCGCGGGAAGCCGUCCAAGGCGAUCCUGGCCGCGCUGCUGCUGGCGUCGGUGGCGCUGCUGCUCCUCCUGGCGCUCGGCGCGCUCUCGCUGCCGGCCGGCUCCGGCCGCGGCGCGGUCCUCUCGCUCCCGCUCCCGCGCCCGCGCUUCCGUAGAUCCGCGUUCGAGUCGAGGCUGGAGAAGCGCGGGGAGAAAGGGGAGCCCUGGACCGAGGUUCUGUCGUGGGAGCCACGGGCGUUCAUCUACCACAACUUCCUCUCCAAGGAAGAAUGUCAGUAUUUAAUUUCAUUGGCAAAGCCUCACAUGAAGAAGUCGACAGUGGUUGAUUCUGCAACUGGAGGGAGUAAAGAUAGCAGGGUGCGAACGAGUUCAGGAACAUUUCUUAAAAGAGGCCAGGACAAAAUUGUUCGCACCAUUGAGAAAAGAAUAUCAGAUUUCACCUUCAUACCUGUAGAAAACGGAGAGGGCCUUCAAGUUCUCCACUAUGAGGUUGGACAGAAAUAUGAACCUCACUUUGAUUACUUCCAUGAUGAUUUCAACACCAAAAAUGGGGGCCAGCGUAUAGCCACUGUUCUUAUGUAUCUUUCGGAUGUUGAAGAGGGCGGUGAGACCGUGUUUCCUUCUGCUAAAGUUAAUAGCAGCUCAAUACCAUUUCAUAAUGAGCUGUCUGAAUGUGCAAAGCGGGGUAUAUCUGUCAAACCGAAGAUGGGAGAUGCAUUGCUUUUCUGGAGCAUGAGGCCUGAUGGAACCCUGGAUCCCACAAGCCUCCAUGGUGGUUGUCCAGUGAUAAAAGGUGACAAAUGGUCAUCUACAAAGUGGAUUCGUGUUCAUGAGUACAAAGUUUAGGCAUAACAGAACCAGGCACUUAAGGUCAUGCACCAGUUACUAAAUAUGUGGACGUUACAGCACAUGAUGAGGUCUCCAGUUUUCCAUAGAGGAUCGCCCUACAUUUUUUUCUACCUUAACCAAGGCUUGGUCUUGGUCACCUUGUUGUACAUUAACUUGUUAAUUAGGCUUAUGAACCAUGAUCACUCAGAGAAGAUGUAUUUGUUGAGUGUAUAAAUAACCAUUGCCCUCCUAACGCAAAUCGAGAUGAGUGCCUGAUAGCCUGAUAUCUGUGAAAGAGCAUUCCUGUUCUAUUUGCGCAAAGCCUAAUUCAAAUCGAGAUUUAGCUGUUA